AUGCCAGCGAUCGCGGUGCUCGCGGCGGCCGCCGCGGCGUGGUGCUUCCUCCAGGUCGAGAGCCGGCACCUGGACGCGCUAGCCGGAGGCGCGGGCCACAACAACGGCAAUUUCCUGGACAACGACCAGUGGCUGAGCACAGUCUCCCAGUACGAGCGGGACAAGUACUGGAACCGCUUUCGAGACGAUGAUUAUUUCAGAAACUGGAAUCCCAACAAGCCUUUUGACCAAGCCCUGGACCCAUCCAAAGAUCCCUGCCUGAAGGUGAAAUGCAGCCCUCACAAGGUGUGUGUGACCCAGGACUACCAGACCGCCCUGUGUGUCAGCCGCAAGCACCUGCUCCCCAGGCAAAAGAAGGGGACCGUGGUCCACAAGCACUGGGUCGGACCUUCGAAUCUGGUCAAGUGCAAGCCCUGCCCCAUGGCACAGUCAGCCAUGGUCUGUGGCUCCGAUGGCCACACCUAUACAUCCAAGUGCAAGUUGGAGUUCCAUGCUUGUUCUACCGGCAAAAGUCUCACCACCCUCUGUGAUGGGCCGUGUCCAUGUCUCCCAGAGGCUGAGCCACCAAAACACAAGGCAGAAAAGAAUGCCUGCACAGACACGGAGCUGAGAAGCCUUGCCUCCCGGCUGAAGGACUGGUUUGGAGCCCUCCACGAGGACGCCAACAGGGCCAUCGAGCCCACCAGCUCGGAGACAGCCCAAGGCAGGUUUGACACCAGCAUCCUGCCCAUCUGCAAGGACUCCCUGGGCUGGAUGUUCAACAAGUUGGAUAUGAACUAUGACCUCCUGCUUGACCACUCAGAGAUCAACGCCAUCUACCUGGAUAAGUACGAGCCCUGUAUCAAGCCUCUCUUCAAUUCUUGUGACUCCUUCAAGGAUGGCAAGCUGUCUAACAAUGAGUGGUGCUACUGCUUCCAGAAGCCUGGAGGUUUCCCUUGCCAGAAUGAAAUGAACAGGAUCCAGAAGUUGAGCAAGGGGAAAAGCCUGUUGGGAGCAUUCAUCCCUCGGUGUAAUGAGGAGGGCUAUUACAAAGCCACACAGUGCCACGGCAGCACGGGGCAGUGCUGGUGUGUGGAUAAAUAUGGCAACGAGCUAGCCGGCUCCAGGAAACAGGGUGCUGUGAACUGUGAGGAGGAGCAGGAGACCUCGGGGGACUUUGGCAGCGGUGGCUCUGUGGUUCUGCUGGAUGACCUGGAGGAUGAGCAGGAGCUGGGACCCAAGGACAGACUGGGGAAGCCACGGGUGCAUGCCCGGGCAGUGACAGAGGAUGACGAGGAUGAGGACGACGACAAAGAGGAUGAGGUCGGGUACAUAUGGUAG